UCAAGAUCCAUCAUGUCUGCAGCUUCCGCCAUAGUUAGUCACUGCAAUUCCAGCAACAACGGCAGCAGUCCCACUUCAGAAAACAGCAUUGGUAGCCAAAAAACGGCUCCCUCCCUCAGCCGCUACGAGUCCCAGAAGCGCCGUGACUGGAACACCUUUGGUCAGUACCUCAAGAACCACAAGCCACCGCUUCUACUUUCUCGUUGCAGCGGCGCACACAUACUGGAAUUCCUCCGCUACCUCGACCAAUUCGGCAAGACCAAAGUGCAUAACAUCAGCUGUCCAUUCUUCGGCCACCCUCAUCCGCCGGCCCCCUGCCCUUGCCCGCUGAAGCAGGCGUGGGGCAGCCUGGACGCGCUAGUUGGGCGGCUGCGCGCGGCCUUUGAAGAGAACGGUGGGAGGCCGGAGGCGAACCCCUUUGGGGCACGGGCUGUGAGGUUGUAUCUGAGGGAGGUGAGGGACACGCAGGCGAAGGCGAGGGGAAUUGCAUACGAGAAGAAAAAGCGCAAGAAACCACAGAAACAAGGAGCGGUUUUGGAAGGCGAUGAGGAGGAGGAGGAGGAUGUUGUGAAGACAAACGGAGGAGUGAUGAUGGCGGCAUCGUCUGGUGCCAGGAGUAGUAAUUCACUCAUUAUUCCUUUUAUCUGUUCUUAAUGAUCAAUUAUGUAUUAUUAGAAAGCUUAAGCACUCACGCAGUCAAUGAUUUUCUGGUUAAUUAUGAUGAUGAUGAACUAAAAGUAGUAGUGGUGGUG